AUUCCUCGGAGUCUCUGCUUCCGAAAUUGUACGCGCAAGCGCAGCAUAAAGAGAGAGAGAGAGAGAGGGAGGGAGGGAGGGAGCAUCAUCCGCACGGGGGGCGCAUUUUAGCACCCGCUCUCCUCCGCUGCGCCCCUGGUUCGAUUUCCGCGGAUUCCUUCCCCUCAAAUCGCAUUGCCGCCCCUCCCCCACCGGCGGAUCCUGACCGGCGAGCCGGAGGAAUCGGCUCUCCCCUGCGGCGGCCUCCGGCGGAGGAAACCCCUAGCGCUCGCCGUCGGUUGCUGCUGCUGCGGCUGCUGCGGCGGCGGCGGCUCGGUUCGGUCCGGUCCCGUCCGGUCCUUCUCCCCGGCCGAGUGAAGAUGCGAUGGAUCCCGCGGUUCACCGCCCUCUUCUCGUUCGCGAUCGCGAUCGUCCUCCUCUCCCCUUCCUUCCAGUCCUCCCCUCCCGCUGAGGCCAUCCGCUCCUCCUCCUCCCACCCCGGCGACCGCUUCCCGUUCCGGCGGGCCCCCGCCUUCCGCAAUGCCGGCGGGUGCCGCCCCCGCCCCGCCAGCGCCGGCGAGAUCGGCAUCUGCGACCCGAGCCUCGUCCACGUGGCGAUCACGCUCGACGGCGAGUACCUCCGCGGCUCGGUGGCGGCCGUGCACUCCAUCCUGGAGAACGCGCGGUGCCCGGAGGACAUCUUCUUCCACUUCCUCGUCUCCGACACGGGCCUCGAGGCCCUGGUGCGCUUCGCCUUCCCUCAGCUGAAGUUCAAGGUGUAUUACUUCGAUCCGGAGGUGGUGCGCGACCUGAUCUCGACCUCCGUGAGGCAAGCGCUCGAGCAACCGCUCAAUUACGCCCGGAAUUACUUGGCGGACCUGCUCGAGCCGUGCCUCAGCCGAGUCAUCUACCUCGACUCUGACCUCGUCGUGGUGGACGACAUUCACAAGCUGUGGUCGACGAGCCUGGGUUCGAGGACGAUCGGCGCCCCGGAGUACUGCCACGCCAACUUCACCAAGUACUUCACCGCCAGGUUCUGGUCGGACGACCGAUUCUCCGGCACGUUCGCCGGGAGGAGGCCGUGCUACUUCAACACGGGAGUAAUGGUGAUAGAUCUGGCUCGGUGGCGUCGGUUCGAGUACACGAAGCGGAUCGAGCGGUGGAUGGAGGUCCAGAAGAGCGGCCGGAUUUACGAGCUCGGGUCGCUGCCGCCGUUCCUGCUCGUGUUCGCCGGUCACGUGGCGCCGAUCGAGCACCGGUGGAACCAGCACGGGCUCGGCGGCGACAACGUGAGGGGGAGCUGCCGCGACCUCCAUCCCGGCCCGGUGAGCCUCCUGCACUGGUCCGGCAGCGGCAAGCCGUGGCUCAGGCUGGAUUCCAGGCGGCCGUGCCCGCUGGACGCGCUCUGGGCGCGCUUUGAUUUGUACGGUCACUCCCGUUGAAGGGCCAGAGUGCGAUUCUACAGAGGGCACGAAAAUUCAAACUAGUCGCCGGUAAAUUUUCCCCUGUUAAGGAAUGAUUGUUCUUACGUCACUGCUCCGGUUCUUUGAUUUCUCAUUCUGCGAUUUGUAAUUUGUUCCCUUCUCUUCAUAAUUUUAUGUUCUGUUCUUCUACGUCCUUUUUCUGUUUUUUUUUUUUCACUGGGCUAGAGUAGGAUUUAGCUUUGUAUUCGUUUCCCCCUUAAUUUUUUCUUCCAUUUCUCUCUUGUUUCUAGCUGCUGGACCAUUCCAUCUGUAUUCUACUCUGUAAUGCCAUUGGAAAUAAAACAGAUAAACGGACAUUGAACAUUGAA